AUGCAAGAUUUGCCAUUGGACGAGACCUUGAAACCCGAUCAACCCAAUCUCUCCCCUCUCCUCUGCCGUGGAAUGGCAGGUCUCAGUCCUCUACCUUCAUACGACAUGAGACGAAGCUCCCCUACGAAAUACUCACGAGAAAGAGUUCUUGACAUCGAGAAACACAGAUACGACACCGAUUCCGACGAUGACUCCGACUACUCCUCAUACCUGUCGUCCCCUGUAUCGUCUCGAGAUAUUUCAGGCUCAUACUCUUCGAGUCAAUUGUUGGUGCCCAGGAAGCCUUCUACAGGCUCGCAGAGACCAGCAUCAUCAUACAGACUGCCCAGCAAAAUAGUCCGGUAUUUAUGUUGGGCUUUGAUUUCAACCGUCAUCAUUUUCAUAUCGAGCCUGGUAAGAAUGAGUAUCAUCUCGGCACGUAGAGUCGAGGUUGGAGAUCUUGGAACGCGGCCACCACCACCUCCUGCGCCUUGGGAAUCAUUUCAGUUUUUGACACGAUAUUAUGGCGGGAUUCGGACCUUGUUGCCAUUGUCGGAAAACCAACCCGAAUACCCUCUACCAGAAGACGAACCUCCGCGUCCACAGGACACAUCAGAAACAGCAAUACGAGAUAUACCAACAAGCCAACCUUUCGAAGCGUAUACGAAUCAAACCUCGAAAGCAUAUUUGAGCGAAUAUGCACCCGUAAAGGAAUGUUUUCUUGAUGUACAAUCUACAAUUCGCGUUCCUCAGCUACGGUACUACCCAGGAAGACCUAGCGGGUUCCCAGACAAUGUUGUGGGUUCCUACGAGCUACUUGGAUUACCGGAAGAUAUCUGCUUUGAGCGAUAUGGUCGAUUGGGUCCGUAUGGUCAUGGGUAUAGUGUCAAACAUGGAGGCACUGGAACUGGCCAGUAUGGCGAUACGGAAGGAUCAGAAUCGGUUUGGGAAGGGCGCGGGGAGACCACUAGUCAGAUCGAUUACAGGGAAGUGAACUGGGCGGAUGCGCAAAGGAGAUGCUACCAGGCAAAUGCUGCGCGCUUUAAGCCAAAGCAUCAUCCCGAGGAGCCGCUGAAUACGUUCUCGGUCAUUGACCAAGAGGAAGCAGCUUUGCACCGACGAGAUGAAACCGAAGGUCAACAAGAUUCACAAUUGAGCGGAACGUCAAAAUCUACAGCAGCCUCGAAGAAGACGCUCCCCCGAACUGCAGUAGUAAUCCGCUCUUUUGAUGACCAUGCGUACACAGAGGAAGGUGUAUUGAAUAUCAGAGCGCUUAUCUCUGAGCUAUCUCUCGGAUCAGGUGGAGAGUAUGAUGUCCAUCUCCUUGUUGAGGUCAAGGACGAAGCUAGGCAUCCCAUCUGGGCAGAUGCAGAGACCUACGAAGAGCAUUUGAACGCAACUGUUCCCGAAGAAUUUCGUGACAUCGCAACAUUGUGGAGUACAACGCAAAUGCUUAUGCUUUACCAAGGCAUUUUCGAUAAAUUCACGCGGGGUCCUGAUCUUCCAGUACACGGUUCUUAUCGAGGAUUGCAGAUGGCCAUGCAGCACUUUGCACACAAACAUCCCGAGUAUGACUUCUUCUGGCAUUGGGAGUUAGAUAUCCGAUUUACCGGACAUUACUACAACUUGUUCUCUCAGCUUGAUUCGUGGACCAAAGCACAGCCUCGAAAGGGUUUGUGGGAGAGGAAUGGUCGAUUCUACCUCCCAUCUGUCCAUGGGUCUUGGGAAGAUUUCAAGCAGAUGGUUCGGGUUCAAGUUGAGAUGGGUACAAAGAGUCCUGAAGACAUAUGGUCCGGCAUCCCAGGAGCGAAGAACGUGCCUCAAACGCCCAAAGGCGAGAAAUCAAUCUGGGGACCUGAAAGACCAAAGGAGUCUGAUGAUUGGUUUGAAACUGAUAACGAUCCAAAACCUCCGACUUCCUACGAGAAGGACAAAUACACGUGGGGAGUUAACGAAGACGCUGACCUCAUUACUUUCAACCCUAUGUUUGAUCCCGAGGGCAGCAGCUGGCUUCUCGGAGAAGACAUCACGGGCUAUAAUGAGACCGAUGGGCUCCCACCCCGUCGUGCUUCUAUCGUGACAGCUUCGAGAAUGUCAAAACGACUUUUGGACACGAUGCAUCGCGAGACAGCAUUCAAAAAACACCAUGCAUUCUCCGAGAUGUGGGGCCCAACUGUUGCCUUACAUCAUGGGUAUAAAGCAGUCUAUGCGCCUCAUCCAAUGUAUGUGGACCGAGAAUGGCCUACCGCAUACCUUGCGGGUGUCUUGAAUUCCGGAAAGAAUGGUGCAAGUGGAGCUUCAAAGACUAGUGUGUUUGGUGAGCGGGAGCAUAAUUUAAGGGGCAUGACGUGGUAUUAUAAUGCUGGCUUUGCGCCAAAUUUGUGGAAGAGAUGGCUUGGGCUGAAGGUCAACAACGACGGAGGGGAAGAGUUCGAGUUGACAGUGGAUGAAGGCAAAGAUGGGAAAGGAGUGAAUGGGGCGAGAGGUGGCGAGGGGAGAAUGUGUCUUCCUCCUAUGUUGAUCCAUCCUGUCAAGGGGCUCGAGUUGCCUGUGGAAGAACUUGUGGAGGAGAAGGAUAUUCCGGAAGGUGAUCCUAGCGCUUGA